AUGCCCGACUUAAACCCGUGCCCCUUCUGCGGCUUCAAGCCCGACCAGGGCGAGAAUGAACUUAUUCUACACAUCGAGACACAGCACCCAGACGCUGACCAGUCGCCCUUUGCUGUCCCCGAGGAACCUGUCCCGUGCCCUGAGGACGGUUGCGGUGAGCUCGUUCAACCGGAUGAGUUAGCUUACCAUCUUGAGCUUCAUGAGCUUGAGGCGCAGGGUGCGACACCUGAGCCAGAGCCAACGACGGGACAGAACCCGACUGUGUCUCGGAAGUCGGAGUCACCGGCCAAGGAUAGCACGAGGAAGCAUAAGAAAGUCAGCGCUAUUCAGGCCUGGAAAGAUCUCUUUUCUGGCCACGGCAAUCGGCCACCCCAGAGUCGUGACAGUAGCAGCAGUAGUCGCACGCGCCACAAGACCAAGAGGGAAGAGGCUGGAAUAUCAAAGAGUCCCAGCAGAGGCUCUUCAAGUCGUGAUAGUAAUGGAGAGAGAAGUCGAAAAUCAGGUCGCUUGGGAAGAUCUGAGCUUGGCAGGUUUGCACAUGAGAGGAAGAUGCCCCCGUGGCUUGUAGAUCUUCUUCAAGAUGAGGGUCAAGUUGCCAAUGAAGGUGUGUUGCCUGUUCUAAGUCAACUCCUCGAACAGAGCGCUACAACUCAAUAUGCCUACUUAUGCCAUCCCGCAGUACAGCAUUUCUCUAAACUAAGGCGGGAAGGUGGUUUCUGUGGUUAUCGAAAUAUCCAGAUGCUUACUUCGAACAUCAUUGCUGCCAAGACCCCAGGCUCACACCACUUCGGGCCUACUCCUCCUUCUAUCUUUCAAAUCCAAGACUUGAUUGAGAAUGCUUGGGACAUGGGCAUCAAUGCCCAGGGCAGAGCAGAGACGGGAGGUGUCAAGGGCACGCGAAAAUACAUUGGCACACCAGAGGCGCAAGCCGUUUUUCUCAGUUUGGAAAUCCCUUGUUCCGUUCAAGCAUUCAAGAAUAAGGAGCGUGGCAAGUCAAAGCAGUGCCUUUUUGAUGCCGUAGAGGGAUACUUUCGAGAAGGCAUUAGGAGUGUAGAGGACCGAAUCCAUCUUACGGGUCUGCCGCCAAUCUACCUCCAGCAUCCAGGACACUCUUUGACUAUUGUUGGAUUUGAGAAGCAAAUGGACGGCCAUGCAAAUCUCUUAGUAUUCGACCCAAGCUUUCGUGACUCUUCUAAGAUUAAGAGUCUCAUUGGCAAAGAAGUUCGUCACAAAACCUCCUCGAUCGACAGUCUAUUGCAGCCAUACCGCCGUGGCUCGCACUACUUUCGCAAGCACAACCAGUAUGAAGUCCUUUAG